UGCAGUCAGAAAAAGCCGAGGAAGUAAUUCUUUUAGCUCGUCCUCCUUCAUUCUGAUUUUUCGACCCGUUAGGAGUGGCUGAAUUCUUCGAAUACAGAGAUAAUAUUAAACACCAUGACGGCAGUGGACGAUUUAUUUAUAUGUGGUCUCGUCUACGAUUAUUUGGAGAAGAAGGAUCAAUCGUUGGCGAAGGUUUUCAAGAAGAAAACGAAAGCGCCUCAUCUACCAAAAGCGACACCGGACUUGGCUGAAGUAGUUAAAUAUUAUCAAAAAUAUGCAUCCAAAAAAAUUACCGUAACUAAGGUAAAUGAUACCAGCUCAGAUUCUGAAUCAGAGAGCGAAGAAGAAACGAGCUCUCCACAAGUUAAUGGUAAAAAAGUAGAAAUCAAAGGUGUGCCACUUAAACAGGCAGUACAACAAGAGACAACCGAAGAGUCUAGUUCUAGUGAAGAAGAUGAAAAACCAGUUCAAAAAUCAUCACAGAAAGCCAAGGUAACUGCCAAAACACCUGUUCCACAGAAAGAAGAGAGCUCUGAAGAAGACAGUUCUGACGAAGAGGAAACUCCUCCAGUUAAGAAAAAAUCUGCAAAUGAAAAGACUAAAAAGAAAUCAGAAACACCAGUAAAGACAAUUUUAAAGGCACAAGCACAGAGUAAAACAGCAGCAAAACCUGUUGGAAAAACGGAAUCAUCCUCGAGCGAAGAUGAUAGUAGUGAGGAGGAGGAAAAGAAGCAACAGCCUGCUAAGAAACAAGAUGCAACUGUUUCUAAGAAAAAACUAUCUUCCUCGAGUGAAAAGAGUAGUGAAGAUAAUACUGUUAAUAUCAAAAAAAUAAAUCCUAGCAAAACAUCCACACCAAAAGCACCUUCAAAGAUACAGCCACAAAAACAGAAUAAAUCAACACCAGCAAAACCAGUUGCAAAACAGGAAUCAUCGUCAAGUGAGGAUAGCAGCGAUGAGGAGGAAGAGGAAACGAAUAAAUCAUCUCUUUCACCAAUAAAGAAAGUAGUUUUUACUGAACCAUUAACACAGACAAAAUCAUCUUCUGAAGGAUCUUCGAGCGAAGAAAGUAGCGACGAGGAGACACCUGCGGCAGUGAAAAAACCAGAUGUCAGUAAAUCGUCAGCAUCAAAGACGACGCCUGCUAAAAAAUCUUCGAGCGAGGAUAGUAGUGAAGAGGAAGAAGAAAAAAAGCAACAACCUGCUAAGAAAUCAACUCCUGUAACUGCCAAUAAGAAAACAGCCUCUUCUUCGAGCGAAGAAAGCAGUGAAGAAGACGAGCCUCCAUCUAAGAAAUCAAAUUCUGUUAAACAAAAUGCUGUUACUAAAGUUGCACCUGUGAAGAAACAAGAAUCGUCAAGUGAGGAUUCAGAUGAUGAUUCUGAUGACAAGAAGAAGCCGACACAGAAACCAAGUGCGCAACCUAUUAAAGCAGCACAACCUAGUAAAGCAGCACAACCUAAUAAAACAUCGAAAAAAGAGGAAUCUUCUAGCGAAGAUUCAGAUGAUUCAGAAGAAGAUACGACAUCAAAUACAUUUACGCUGGUAAAACCAUCGAAAGCAGCUGUUAAGGAAUCUUCUGAUUCUGAUUCGGACUCGUCCGAAGAAGAACAACCAAAGUCGGCAGCUAAGCCAGUAACUGCGAAACCAACACCAGCUAAACAGGAGGAUUCUAGUUCAGAAGAAAGUGACUCAGAUGAGGAAGAAGCAACAACGAAAACUCCCACAACGUCAAAAGCAGUAAAGAGAAAACAUGAUGACGAAGAACCAACAAUAGCUGCAAAAGCCCCGAAAACUAAAUAUGGCAAUUUUGUGAAAGCUAAUAGUAGCUUAAGCGGAGACGACAAGUUCAACUUAAAUGCCACAUACCGGCGCGUAAAAGACGAAGAUAUCGAGGUGGAACCUGUAUUGGCUAACAAUUCAUUUGAAGCAAAGAAGGGUGCGCGUGGUUCGUGGGGCGAAAAAGCCAAUGAAGCAUUGAAAUACACAAAGGGAAAGUCAUUCCGACACGAAAAACAAAAGAAGAAACGCGGCAGUUACCGUGGCGGGCAAAUAGAUACAUCCGUUAAUUCUAUUAAAUUUGAUUAUUAAACACACGUUCAAAUUUUCAUCUUUCAAUUCUUUACCUUUGUACCUAGAUUAGUUUCGAUAAUAAGUUCAACAAUGGACAAUGACAGUUGUACUGAAUAUAAGAUUAUUAUAAUAAGAUACGUGUUAUUUCCCCAGAAUUUCAAACAGAAGAUUUUUUUUAAACAUAACUUACGGCAACUUUGAAUCAGUUUAAUUUGUAUUAAUAUUGAGACGGUGAUCUCUUGCAUAUAUACAAUAUAUAAAAAACCAUUUUACGCGAUAUAAGCAUAUAUUUAAUUGUCAAAUUUAUCAAUUUUGAGCGAGUGUUUUAAAAUUCAUUGAUCACUCUUGCGUAGUAAAACUUCAUCUAUGCUUAAUGCUAUUGUGAUCAAUUGAUUUAAAUUAAAAAUAGUCAUCAGAUUAAAUAUUUGGCAAAAUAGAUAUCACUUUUUUUAUUCUUUUCGUGAGUUAAUAGAUGUGAAUUUUUUGUCCCUAUGUGCUUAGUUUAGACCGGCACAACAUUGUUGGCAAUAUAAGUUUUAAACAAUUCAUAUCAAUGUUAGUACAGUCAAACCUCGACAAUUCGAAUCUCAAGGGAAGAGCUAAAAUCUUCGAAUUGUAGAGCUUUUAACUUAUCGAAGUUCUUUUUUCUUUUUGCAGAGCGGAAGAGAAUGAACAAAAUUUUCGUCUUAUAGAGGUUUUCGAGUUAUAAAGCUUUGAGUUAUCGGGGUUUGACUGUACGUUAAUUAAAAAAAAAAUGUGAUAACGUGUUGUUAACAAUAUUGCGCCGAUCAAGACGCAGUUUUGCAAUUACAAAUAAUAUUUGCUGGAUGAUUUUGCGUACAUCACUCAGUUUGUUAAUUAUUACUACAAGAAGAAGAAUGUUGAGAGAUCAUAUAGAGAAUAUAUAAAAAAUGUCACAAAGUUCAAUUUUCUAAUGAUAGCGCAUAUUUGACAAUUUGACUUUAUACAUAUUUGAUACAUAUGGAAUUCAAAGUUAAACACAAUAUGAAAGGUAUACAAAAUGAAUAAUAUAUUAAUUAUAUGUUUUGAUAUUUGUAUUUUUACAUUCUAUAUUUUAGAAACAAUUUUUAGAAGCGCGCCAUACAAUUAAGAAUCUCUUCCAUUGAUAUAUAACGAUAGGGGUGUCAAAUUUAAAUUUUUUCUCUUUUUUUUUAUUAUAUAUAUAUUCUCUUUUUUAUGAUUCUCGACUCAGAUCUAUCAACAGUAUUGUCUGAUUUCUUAUGUCAUUUUGUGUCCAAUGCUAUUGUUCUCUAUUCUAUUAUGUACAAGUAUUAUUCAAUAAAAGUUGUAAAUCUGCGGCCA